AUGUCUAUUCAGCAGCAAAGGUCAUUGAUUGAAAAUGGUCAAAAAGAGUAUCCAACUAUCAUCGAAGAAACUCAACAGCAAAGUGUCCAUCCUUUGAUGACCAAAAAACGAACAAGGGCAACAUUAUUAUCAACAAGUUGUCGAGAUACGUUAACUGAAGAUGAAAAAAGAAUGAACCACAUUGCUUCUGAACAAAAGAGACGUAAUACGAUUCGCUCAGGUUUUAAAGAGUUGACCGAAAUCGUUCCAACUCUAAAAAAUAUAAAUAAUUCUAAAAGUACAAUCUUGUUUAAGGCAGUGGAUUACAUUAAAUACCUUGAUAAACGAAAUCGUAACUUGAAUGAGAAAAUUACUUUGCUUCAAAUACGA